CCCCCCCCCCCCCUUACCGCCCCUAAAAUCCCCUCCCAUCUCUUCUAGCUUCAACGCCGCUAUCUCCUUUUUAACCCCUGCAGUCGAUCAUUCAUUGCGCACACAGACUCAUCCUUUUUUUUAAAGGGUUUGUGUGUUAACUCUUACUAAUCUGAAGCCAACAUGGAGGACUACCACAAACCAGACCAGCAGACCGUGCAGGCGCUCAGGAACCUCGCCAACCGGCUGCGGAUCCACUCCAUCAAGGCGACCACUGCUGCGGGCAGCGGUCACCCCACAUCAUGUUGCAGCGUGGCAGAGAUCAUGUCUGUGCUCUUCUUCCAUACCAUGAAGUACCGCCCUGAAGACCCACGUAACCCCAACAAUGACCGCUUUGUCCUUUCCAAGGGUCACGCCGCCCCUGUGCUGUAUGCCGUGUGGGCAGAGACGGGCUACCUAAAGGAGAAUGAGCUACUCAACCUGCGUAAGGUCGACUCCAUCCUGGAGGGACACCCAGUCCCGAAGCAGCAGUUUGUGGAUGUGGCUACUGGUUCUUUGGGACAAGGCUUGGGAGCUGCUUGCGGAAUGGCCUACACCGGGAAGUACUUUGACGAGGCCAGCUACCGCGUGUUCUGCCUGCUCGGUGACGGCGAGAUGUCCGAGGGUUCCGUAUGGGAAGCCAUGGCCUUCGCCUCCUACUACCAGCUGGACAACCUGGUGGCCAUUUUGGACAUCAACCGACUGGGUCAGAGUGACCCGGCGCCCCUGCAGCACCACGUGGAGAAGUACCAACGACGCUGUGAAGCCUUCGGGUGGCAUGCAGUCAUUGUGGACGGGCACAGUGUGGAAGAGCUGUGUAAGGUCCUGAAUCAACCUCGCCAUCAGCCGCUCGCCAUUAUUGCUAAGACCAUUAAGGGCAAGGGCAUCCAAGCGAUCGAGGACAAAAUGGGCUGGCAUGGGAAGCCUCUACCCAAAGACAUGGCCGACAGCGUGGUCAAGGAGUUGCAGAGCCACAUGGUCAGCUGUAACAAGCGCCUCUAUCCGUCAUCGCCCAACGAGGAAACAGCGCCGAUAAGCCUGCGCAACAUCCGCAUGCCCAGCGCCCCCAGCUACAAAGCCGGAGACAAGAUCGCCACGCGGAAGGCGUACGGCAUGGCUCUGGCUAAGCUGGGUCGGUACAAUGAGCACGUGGUGGCGUUGGAUGGAGACACCAAGAACUCCACGUUCUCUGAACUGUUCAAGAACGAACACCCCAAUCGUUAUGUGGAGUGUUACAUCGCCGAGCAAAACAUGGUGAGUGUGGCCAUUGGAUGCGCUGUGCGGGAUCGCAACGUGGUCUUCGCCAGCACCUUCGCAACCUUCUUCAGCCGCGCCUUUGACCAGCUGCGCAUGGCCGCCAUCUCGGAGAGCAACAUCAACCUCUGCGGCUCCCAUUGCGGCGUCUCCAUCGGAGAGGACGGCCCCUCUCAGAUGGGCCUGGAGGACAUGGCUAUGUUCAGAGCCAUCCCGGGUGCCACCAUUUUCUACCCGAGCGACGGCGUGUCUACUGAGAAGGCUGUGGAGCUAGCGGCUAACACCAAGGGUUUGUGUUUCAUCCGAACAAGCCGCCCAGAGAACAACAUCAUCUACAACUGCAAUGAGGACUUCCAUGUUGGACAGGCUAAGGUUGUGUACAAAACCAAUGACGACCAUGUGACCGUGAUCGGUGCCGGCGUGACCCUCCAUGAGGCACUGGCAGCCGCCGAACAGCUGAAGAAAGAGAGAAUUAACAUCCGUGUGAUCGACCCGUUCACCAUUAAACCCUUGGACUCCAAGACCAUCAUCGACAAUGCCAGGGCCACUAGGGGGCGUAUCAUUACAGUGGAAGACCACUACUAUGAAGGUGGUCUGGGUGAAGCGGUGUGCUCAGCGGUGGUGAACGAAAGUGGUUUCACCGUACACCGCCUGGCGGUGUCGCAGUUGCCCCGCAGCGGCAAACCCCACGAGCUGCUCCGCAUCUUCGCCAUCGACCGCGACGCCAUCGCUCAAGCGGUACGCAAGGUGCUCAGCGGUGCCGCCAACGCCAAGUGAGGACCUCUCAAAGGUGAACACUUAUCUUAUCUCCAUGGCGACAACACAUAGAAGGAGCAGCGGGGGAGAGUGUGUUGGUACAUUCCUAUGAGGAACAAAUCUAGAUGUUGUUUUUGACACCCUACCCUAAAUAAACACGCACACCUGUAAGUCCUUUUUGUGUGUAUCCCAAGAGAGUGUGUAGUGUUGACGUUUUUCUUAAUCAUUUUUGGUGUACCCCCCUCUUUUGUGAUGCAACAUGGUUUAUUCCAAGCACUGACUGUUUUUAAACCCUUUCGGCCUCACACUAAUAAAAAGAUGCUUUCUUCACAACCCUGUCUCUGACAA